AAGCCAGAAAUUGUUUGCGAGGUGCGUACUUUCGUGAGGAAAUGGUAACCGAUUCUCAUGUAGCUGAAGUAUAUUUACAAAGAGCUUUAGAAGUUGCCAUUAAUAAACAAAAUUUAAGUUUGGAUGAUCCUGUAGUUAUAGAUAUUUGGUUACGUAUAGCUUAUAAUUACGUAUGGACAAAAAAAUUCGAAGAUGCUAGUUUAGUUUAUAGAUCUAUUUUAGAAUUAUUGUUACAAUCAAAAAGUCCUGAAAAUUUCAAGAAAGCGAUCGAGGUAUCGAAAAAGUUGGCUGAGGUUUAUAUCACUAUGAAAGAAUUUGAUAAUGCUGAAAAGUUUUUGUGUUGGUCCAUUGAGAUGUUACAACUUGAUGAAUAUGAUGAUAAAAUGAAUUGGGUUAUUGAUGAUGAUCAAAACAGAAAGUUGGAAAUUUCUACUUCGUUUCUUGAAAAUUCUAAAGUUAUUAGUGAUGAGUUGGUUAAGUAUAUCGAUUUACUUGCAGGCUUAUAUGCUCAACAAAAGAAGUUUGAGUUCGCUUUACCUUUGUAUCUAGGAAUUCUAAAAAUGCUACAAAACAAGCUGAAAGAUGAUCAAAAUCAAGAUAGGUGGAAAUGUUGGGAAGCCAUAACAAUGGGUCAUUUAGGUGAAGUGCUUUAUGGGUUAGGAAAACACGAUGAAGCGAUGGGAUGGAUGCAACAAGGUUUAUCUAUUUCAAAAAAUAUCAGUGGUAACAGAGAUUGUGAUGAAUGUUCUGGCGUUAUUUUUAAUAAUUUAGGUUUAAUUUACGAAAAAAAUGAAAACUUUGAGAUUGCAAAAUCAUUGUAUAGCCAAGCUAUUUCGCAUGCUACUAAAGCUCAAGAUUUUGUUGGACUCGAUCAAUUUUCUCUGAAUUUAGAUCGACUGAUUAGUGAAGAACAACAACAAUCGAUUAUU